CGAACUAACUGAAGGCGCCUUGCAGGUGUGGCGUGCUUUGCCAGAACGUAUCAGACAAGAUCCCAGCUUAGCGUCAUUUCGCCAGGAGCAUGAACGUUUGCAUGGUUACGAACCUACUGAUGUGGACCCCUUGCCGUCUGAUGAUGUAGAUGAACGAAGUCAAAACAAUGGGGUCGUUGAUGUCGAUUUGGUCAACGACAAUGAUUGUUUGGAUCAUAAACCGAGCGAUAACGUUAAGAAAUUUAAUGCCUUCAAUAUUACCAACGAAAUGGGCCAAAUGCGUAUUUUGGAUGGACGUGAAGUUGAGAAUAACAACGACGAUCAGCAAGAUGAUCCAGAGCAGUCAGUAACAUCUAAGGUGAAAAAAUACUUGAUAUGGUUUAAGAUUUCCGUGCUGCUGGUAGUGUGGAUGGUAUUUACCGCGUUUCUGAUGUCCACGAACGAACAUGUAGAUGUCCUGAAACUUAUAAGCAUACCAGCAAAUGGAGCAAAAAAAUUGUUUCCCAUCAGCACGGAGGAGUUGACCCGAAUAGGUUUGAGUUUGAAAGGACCUUUCAGACUACAAGAAGCUGAUACAGUGGUUGAUAAGUUGCAACGACCACCUCCUCUAUUAGAAGUGUGUGUGGAACGUGUUUAUUACAAUAUUAGCGGCGAGACAGCGGAUACGGAAAUAGUAUCAAAUGUUUGGCAACUAGAUGUGGUUUAUCCAGAAGCUAUGGAUUACACUAGAGAAACGAAAAAGACCUCUCAGUUCGAAAUAAGUCCGAUCGAUGACACUAAUCCUGCUCAUGGGAAUAUAAGUCAGCUGAACUUACGUUUCGAAUCGACCAUAGCAGCCGAACUUCCAAUGCAGCUCUGUAUAGAUAAGUCACCGAUUUACAAGAAAGAAGGGGUAAUCUAUGCAGCCAUUGUCUUGUGUGGACUAUAUAUUAUGAUUAUUUGGGAGAUCGUAAAUCGUACAUUUGCCGCAAUCAUCGCAUCCACUUUAUCGGUCGGCAUACUAGCUGCUCUGAAUUCAAGGCCGUCUAUGGUUACCAUAAUGGGGUGGAUAGAUGUGGAAACACUGCUUCUGCUGUUCGGUAUGAUGAUAUUAGUCGCUAUUUUAUCAGAGACGGGAGUAUUCGAUUACUUGGCAGUGUAUGCUUAUAAGAUUACAAACGGUCACGUGUGGCCCUUAAUAAAUUGCUUAUGUCUUUUUACCGCUGUCUUAUCGUCAUUUCUCGAUAAUGUUACUACAGUGCUGCUUAUGACGCCAGUUACUAUUAGGCUUUGUGAAGUCAUGUCUCUAAACCCGGUUCCUAUUCUCAUGUGUAUGGUCAUCUAUUCCAACAUUGGCGGCGCCUUGACGCCCGUAGGGGAUCCACCUAAUGUCAUAAUAGCGUCCAACAAUUUUAUAUCAAAAAAUGGAGUCAAUUUUGCCGUUUUCACACUUCACAUGUUGCCCGGAGUGAUUUUGGUUAUGUUGCAGACAUAUGUACAGCUACGUUUUAAAUUUCGAAAUAUCAGUGAUUUGCAGUUCAAGGAAUCGCCAGAUAUCGAGGAUUUACGCCACGAAAUUCAUGUGUGGAAAAGAGCAGCCGCUAGUCUGUCUUCUUAUUCGAAGGAUGAGGAACUGGUGCGACAGACUUUGAUGAAGAAAGUUAACCGUUUGAAGACCAGCUUAAAAAAGAAAAUUGCCACAACUAUCGACCCGGCGAUAGACUAUAAGCAAACCCUAGAAAAUUUGCAAGCCAAAUAUCCUAUACGUAACAAAACUCUACUGAUUAAGUGUUCGUGUGCCUUAAUUUUUGUGAUAAGUCUGUUCUUCCUACACUCAGUUCCCGAGCUGCAACGAUUGUCCUUAGGUUGGACGGCUCUUCUUGGUGCCAUAUUUCUCAUCAUUCUAGCAGACAUUGAAGACAUGGAAGCCAUCCUGGCGAGAGUAGAAUGGUCAACGCUAUUAUUUUUUGCGGCUUUAUUCAUCUUGAUGGAGGCCUUGUCAGAGCUAGGCCUAAUUGAGUGGAUUGGAAGUAUGACCGAAAACUUUAUACUAGGUGUAGGCGAAGAAUCACGUUUAAUGGUAGCCGUAUUGAUUAUACUAUGGGUUUCAGCAAUAGCGUCAGCCUUUGUGGAUAACAUACCUUUGACGACUAUGAUGGUUAAAAUAACAAUAUCGUUAGCCCAAAACAAAGCACUCAAUUUGCCAUUGCAGCCGCUAGUUUGGGCCCUAGCAUUUGGCGCUUGUUUGGGAGGCAAUGGCACAUUGAUUGGAGCUUCGGCGAAUGUUGUCUGCGCUGGUGUUGCAGAACAACACGGUUAUAAGUUUACCUUCCUUCAAUUCUUCAAAGUAGGCUUCCCCGUUAUGAUCGGCAGUAUUCUAGUAUCCACCGCUUACCUUUUAGUAAGUCAUGCAAUUUUCUCGUGGCAUUGAUGCGCGACGAAGGGAGAAAUCGUUAUUCUUUUAUGGCUACAUUUAUUUAAAAGAUAAUAUUUAUACAUUUAGUUCAUAACUAGGUACUAGGUAGUGUCGAGGCGCUUGUAAGAAGAGAAAAAAUAUAUGCGUACGCGCGAGCGUGUAUAAUUG